GUUUGAAUGAUGAUGAGGAUCCAGAGUUGGCCACAGUGCCCGAUCCAUCCACAAAUCCCUUCAGUCCUGGAGGAACAGCUAGUGCAAGCAACCCUGCGAACGUUAUGUCCUUGACUCAGAGCGACCUUGUGUUGAUGAUGAGACAGAUGAUGGAAGUUACACAAGCAGCCAGCACCGCUGCGCAAGCAGCAUUGGCUGCAACGAAGGAUGCAGGCAAGUCGGGGCUAGCCGGGGCAGACAUGGCCCGGUUGCUCCCGAAACCAGAUGUCUUUAAACCAGCGAAUCGGGAAGCAGAGCACGGAGAGUGGAGCGCUUGGCUUUGGACUUUGAAACAAUAUCUAGGAGCCUUGGAUGUUGCUUUCACUGAUGAACUGACGUUCAUCGAACGGAAUCCGACCAGGGAUUUGUCUGCAGAGCCUUAUGCGAGUCUUGAAUCCGAACGGCGCUCGAAACAAUUGUUUGCGCUUCUUUCGAGCCUUAUCAAAGGCAGAGGGCUGCAGAUCAUCCAACGCAUCCCUGUGCAGAACGGCUUCGAGGCCCUGCGCCAGCUGGUGCAGCUGUACCAGCCUGCAUCCAAGACACGGUCGCUUGGCAUCCUCAGUGCUUUGACAACCAUGGGGCAUUUUCGUGCCGGGGAACCGCUGUUGCCGCAAGUGUUGGACAUGGAAAGGAUCAUGGAUGAAUAUGAACGCGGCAGUUCUAAGAAACUUGACGACGACUUUAAGUCGAGCAUCUUCCUCAGAUCGGUGAGCAACAACAUGCGCAAUCACUUGGCAACCGUUUUGAAUGAAGAUGUUACGUACAGCGCGCUGCGAGAGACUGCCUUGCAUUUUGAAAGGAUGAAUACCAAGUGGGAUUCCAAGAAUCUGUUUGCCGGUGACAGCCUGUUUUCUAAGAGUCGUUCCUCGAAUGACGGUCCGGUGCCGAUGGAAAUAGAUGCCUUGCAGCGAAAGGGCAAAGGCAAAGGUGAUAAAGGUGGCAACUGGAAUCAGCAGCAGGAAGGUGGCAGCUGGAAUCAGCAGCAGAAAGGUGGCAAGUGGAAUCAGCAGCAGAAAGGUGGCAACUGGAAUCGGGUCCAUCAGGUGCAGGGUGCUGGAAGUGAUGCAGCUAGCACCAGUGUUCCGAGCACAGUUGGUCCUUCUGCGUCGCAAGUGUCGCAGCCUGCCAAUGUACACCGAGUGCAGCUUGAUCCGGUGGUUGAAGUCGACAUGACUGAGGAGGAGUUGUCCAUUCAGUACUUUGAUGUUCCUGCAAGUGUUCGAGCAGUGCGGCGUGAGAGCCCAGGCGAGGCAAGAUUCGACGGAGGCCAUGCAUUCCAGGGUUUGUUGGAGUUUGGAGACCUUGUGAAGGUCCUAGGCCUGAACCCGCACGGGUACCCUAAGCUUCCCAAUCUUCAGCCUGUGCCAGCAGCCGAACACUACGACAUGGCAAACACCGAUGAUGAUGGCCAGUGGACAACAUGUUAUGAUGAUGCUGUUGAUUUGCGUGGUGCUGCCAGCGAGCCUUCAAUAGAUUCGCCCAAUAGAGCCCUACCUGAUCUAGAGGAGGCAAUAGAGUCCUUGAAUGCAACCACGACUGUCCGUGAUCUGUGCGCGGUGAAGCGGGACCGCAGCAGCGGUGAAACAUCACCCGCAAGUGCGCCUUCUGAGGCCGUUGACAUAGAAGUAGUGGUUGAUUCAGGGGCAGAUGCGUCUUGCCUUCCCAUGAGUUGGGCCCAGAUUGGCAAAUCCGGAGGUGCCGACAAGCAGUGGUACCGAGCUGCCCAAGGGAACCGCAUCGCGGGCCGUGAGACUCGCACAGCCACGAUCGAGAUCGCUGGCGUGAGGUUUCGAGAGCAGUGGUUGUUGUCAACGGUCACUCAGCCUCUGUUUUGUGUUGGAAAGCUGAUGAAGAAGAAUGGUUGGGACUUCGUCCAUGACAGAGACAAAGUCCCGCACCUUACCAGCCCCGAUGGCAAUGUUCGUGCUCCGAUGUUCUACAAGAACUACAGUCUGCAUGCAAAAGGUUUCAUCCGAGGUGUUGCAGCAGGCGAGACACAGGCCGAGGCCGCCGUGCGAGCACUUGAGAUUUCAGGCCCGUGGCUUGAGUUGUCCGAUGAGUUUCAUGAAGUAGCUCCUCUUGUGUAUGCACGGUGUGAUGUCACUGACAGCUUCAUUGACUGCUCAACAGGAUUGUCUGUGCCUCACUUGAGUCUUGGAGUGCAGUACCGCACCACCCUUGUCAGUGAUGGCACAGCUUGGAAUGUGGUUGAGCUGAACCAAGAUCUGUCUUUGCUUGAUCAGCCUGAGGCCGAGUUUGAACCUAAGGAACCCCGUCAAGUCAUCACGAUAGUAUCUUGUGACAAGGUUGACAUCGAUGUGCUGUUCAAUCAGCGGGCUGCCAGCCCAACUGCAGAUGAUGAUGCUAACAUGUCUGAGAAAGAUCUUGCCGAAGUGCCGCAUGAUUUUCUUGAUGAAAUCUUUGAUGACAUCAAUGAAGGUAGACUGUUUGAUGAAGCUGGGGAGCCUCGCUUUGAUCCACCAGGCGACCAGAGCGCAGCAGCGCCAAGCCGUGGGCACAUCGUUGUUGACGGCGUCGAGCUUCAUGAAGGCUGCAACUUGAAGACGCUGCGAGCUGCGUGCACCGCCUUGGGCAUUGGGCGCAGCGGAGGCAAGGCAACAGUUCUGUCGAGGAUAGCAAGCCAUCUUGAUAAGUUGCGCCUCUUGGAAAAGCACCAAGUUGAACAUGAUUCAAUAGCGCUCGAGGGCGAGCCACGGCAGCAAGCCCCGGUUGCAGCGCCAACGCCAGAGCAGAUCAAACUCCACCAGCUGAACCAUAUACCGUAUCAGGCUUGGUGUGAACAUUGCAUCAAGUACCAAACGCGGGCUGAUAAGCACAUCAAAGCCAGGCCCGAGACCAGGCAGUGCAGUGUGUGCUCGUUCGACUACUGCUUUACUGAGAGGCCCCACGGCGAGUGUGGGGAGAAGCUGAUCUGCCUGAUUGCCAAAGAUUCUCACACAAGUGCGUGUGCAGCAAUCCCCACGCCUGCCAAAGGAGGACCGAUAGCCUUCAAGUUUCUAGUGGCUGAGUUGUGCAAGUUCAUCGGCUUUUGCGGACAUUCCGAAGUUACCCUUCGCUCUGAUGGUGAGCCCACCUGCCGGGCACUGCAGCAAGGGGUUAAGGAUCUUCGAGAUAAGCUGAAGCUGACUACACACCUUGAGCAGACCGAAAAGGGCGACCACCAAGGGAAUCCUGCAGAACAAACUGUGAACCAAGUUCGCCAGCUGGCUGGAACACUUUUGUCCCAGCUUGAAGAGGAGACCGGGUACGCGAGGACCGAAUCGCACAGUGCCUUCGAGCUGAUAACCGGGAGACCUUAUCUAGGAGGUUUCUUGAUUUCCAGCAGGAGUGUGCGACGUUUGCCCAAACAGUUUGAUGCUGCAUUUUUGUCGUGCACAUACGACAUGCCGUGGACCCAGGCCUCGUUCCUGGCGGGGCAGUCCGGCCAAGUGCGACGGCAGAAGUCGACAGACCAAGGCCCGGAACGGGAUCCUGACCCAGUCGUGCCGGAGGUUGUUGUGAAUGAAGGGCCACAGGCCAUGCCGUAUCCUGGGUAUGUCGUGCCUGACAACACACCCUUGAUUGAGUUGCUUCCGCCACCGCCUUUGAUGCGAACCCCAGAGCCUCCUACGCCUUCAAAUCCGAGUGCUGUCACACCGGCCCACAUGCUGCCUAGUUUGACUCCUGUGCCUCCUGAGACAGCAUCACCAGUGCCAAUGUUUGUUGACCCGAGUGCAAACGCUGGCGGGGAUGAAUCCACAGCAGCUGGCGGGGAUGCAACAGCAGCUGCAAGUUCCACCGAGCGCCUUCCUCCAAGUGGCGUUGUGAGAGCAAGGUUUGGCUGCGAAGGUCCAGACUUGUGGCCAGAGAAUAUGCACAUUUGGACCCCGAGAGGCGUCGAGACGCCGGGUGGAUGGUACAACGACUUCACGAAUGAAAUGAAAGCUGCCGUUGGUGUCGAAUUGCUUCCAGAGAGCCCGGCACUGUUUAGACUCCCGGCGUCAGCCGGAGGAGGCUAUGUGCACGUCGAUGACAUGCUGUGUGGCGGAGUCACCGAGCGUCUGGAGCAGCAUCUUGCGAGCAAGUUUAAAAUUUCUUCUGAGUGGUUGCGGGAAGUUGGCGACGAAGUCUGCUUCUUGAAGCGCCGCCACUUGCUUGUGAGUCCAGAGCUGCUUGUGAUAGAGCCAAAUGUUAAGUACAUCGACAAAUUGCUUGAAGUAACAGGACUCUCCCGCGGCAACCAUCGAUCCAAAGGAACUCCAUUCCCCACGGGGCCAUUGCCCACCGAGCAGGCCAGCGACAAGCCACUUGACAGUGCCACUUCAACACGAUUUCGUUCAGCAGUCGGGAUACUAAUGUACAUGAGCAGUGAUCUAGUCGCCUGUCAGUACGGGAUAAGGUAUCUGUCAACCUAUGCCCAUGCACCUACCGAGGGGGCUUGGAAACUGCUCAGACACUUGACGAGCUACAUUAGUGUACAUCGUUCCCACUGCAUCGGGCUCUCCAAGCCCGAGCUCGGCAAAGGCCUCAUUCAGGACAAGUCAAGUGCCGAGAACAUUUCCCUCCUUGAGGUCCUAUCGGACUCUGAUUGGAGUGGCUGCAAACGGACGAGAAAGUCGGUUAGCUCCUGCGCCAUCCUGUGGGACAACAUGUUGCUGUAUUCGCACAGCAAAACACAGAAGGUAGUGUCGCUGUCGUCGGCAGAGUCAGAGUACCACUCCCUGAUUUCCGCAGCGGCUGAUGGGUUGUUCCUGUCUGCUUGCAUCCGCUUCCUUAUGCCCGAAGUUACGCUUGAGCAAGUGUGUCUUGUUGACAAUAUGGCCGCACGGGCACUUGCAUGUCGACAAGGAGUCGGGAAGCUCAGGCAUAUAUCGGGUAAACUGCUGUGGUUGCAACAGCUCACCAAAGAUGAAGUGCUCCAUGUUGCGCCAGUCGCAACAGCUGUCAACGCCUCAGACAUUGGAACCAAGCCGCUGAAAGCUGACCGGGUGAACCGUCUCCUAGGGAUGCUGGGGAUCCGAAAUUCUGAUGAUGAUUACUCUCUUGUUGGGGAGUCGCAACUGCUUGAACACCGCGAGCGAAUGCAGAUUUCCAGAAUUGUGAAGCAAGGGCCGUUGAGCGCGCAGCAAGUGAUCCAAGUUUUGGCCAUGCUUCUUCAAGUCGAUCGUGUGACAGGUGCAGAGAGUGAGCCCAAUACGCAAAACAGUAGUGAGGACGCCUUGGGCCAGAACGGCAAUGCGCCUGAUGACAAUCUUGGAUUGCUUGAGCACAUUCUUGAAUGGGUCAUGUACGGGUUUUUCCUUGUGCGCGACUUUGCAAUUGAGUAUCCCACGACGAUGAUUUUGGCCUUGCAAAUCUGCGUUCUUUGCAUGCUGUGUUUUACCUUGUGCCGGCGAGGACGAGUUCAUCAAUUGCGCCAGCAGGCCGAUGACCAGCCGAGCACAGUGCCUACGGUUGCUGUGCAUGUUAAGGUUGAAGGUUCUACCGUAACGAUUGGUAAUCCCGAACCUGCCGAAACCCCUAGCAACCCGGUUGGUAGUUUGCAAGCCAAUGCGAGUGCGAGCAGCAGUGCAGCAGCCAGCAGCGCAGCAGCGCAUGCCGAUGAUCAUGAUGUUCGAAGCUUCCGUGCAGUACCUGUUGCCAGUCCAGCGCCAGAACCAGCGGCGCGACCGACAGCAAAUCAUGCUGUUUGGGUGACCAAGGCCAAGGGGAGAUCGUUCCAUCAGAAAAGGUCUUGUGGUACGCUUGGAAAUGCCAAGAGUCUUGAGCAGAUCACGAAGUCAGAAGCCAUCCGCCGAGGCUUGAAGCCAUGCAAAGUGUGCUAUGGCCACUGA